AUGAUGGACGUCAUGCGAGAGAGAAACAGGAAUUUGGACCUGAGCGAUUCGUAUGAGGGGCGCAGUCCUGCGGUUAGCGGCAAUACCGCGGUUAGCGGCAACAAUGUGUGCAUCGGCAACGCUGCCAAUAGCGGCAAUACCGCCAGCAGCGGCCACGCGGCCAACGAGGCGAGCGUGGACAUCAGCGGCGAGCGGUACAUCAUCUGGAGGAGGAACACGCCAUUCCUGUACAACGCGCUGCUGAGGAACAAGCUGGAGUGGCCCUCCCUGACGGUCGAAUUUAUAGGCAGCGAUAAUUCGUUCAAAGCCAAGACGAACUAUUUCACAAAUAAAAUCCUCCUCGGCACACACACGUCCAACCAAGAUUCUGAGUACGUGUACAUUGGGGAGGUGAAGGCCCCACUGUACUCAACAAAGGAGGACGUCUUGCAAUAUGAAAACUACACGGGGUUUAUUAACAACAAGAAGAAGAAAAAGGGCCACCCACUCCCUUCCUUUGAAAUAAAGGCCAAGUUGCUACACCCAGGGGAAGUCAUAAGAGCUACUCACCUACCUAGCAACUCCUUUUUCAUCGUUACGCAGACGUGCAAUGGAAGCAUCUUGCUGUUUGACUAUACAAAGCAUCCCUCGUUCCCCUCAGACACGUCCACUUGCUACCCCCAGAUGAUCCUCAAGGGGCACAGCAGUGAGGGGAGUGGCUUAUGUUGGAACAUCAACCGGGUGUACGACAGCUGCGCCAAGCAAGGCACCGCGUUUAAGGCGAGGGGGGAAGCAGACGAUGAACCCCUUGGGGAUGAAUCCCUUGGAGGUGUAAACACCAGCAACUUGCUCCUCGCCUCGUGCGCAUCCGAUGGAAGCAUCUGCCUCUGGGAUAUAAACAAAGGGACGAAGAGCAACGAAGUGCCGCGAACGUACGGCAUAAACAAAACGGGGAAGAGCGCCGACUACAAUUUGAAGAUUUACGAACACACACCCACCUUGAGUCCUCUCUGCACGUGGAAAAAUAAAAAUGAAGAGACAUCGCUGAAUGACAUUUUCUUUCAUCCCAAAUUUAAAAACGUCUUGGGGGUUUGCGACGACAAUGGUUUUAUGAGUCUCUACGAUGUGAGGGUUAAAAACUUUUUUUCCAAAGCGGAGCUCAGUUUUAAAGAUCACAACGCAGCUAUGAAUGCCUUUUCUUUUGAUACCUUUUCCGAAUAUGCUUUUUGCUGUGGGUAUGCCGAUGGGUUAGUUUCCAUUUGGGAUUUGAGACACGAAAAGGGGUCUCUCCUGCAGCUAGACUACCACACACAGAGUAUUAACAGGAUUAAAUUUUGCCUGAUGCAGUCAGGCAUUUUUGGUUCCUGUUCAGAUGAUGGGACUGCAUGCAUUUGGGACAUUUCUAGGAAUUCCUCAACUUAUGGGCAGGUGCGAAAAAUGGAGGAUGACAUUUAUAAUAAUGCCAAGAGGAUCCCUAAGCAGCUGCUCUUCGUGCAUGGGGGGCACGUCGGGAGCGUCUAUGACCUUUCCUGGGCCAACAGCAACACCAUGCUGGUGGCCACCGUGGGCGUCGACAACUCCCUCCAGGUGUGGCACAUGAACGAGCAGUUCUUGUUCCAGUGA